AUUAGAUCUGAGGGAUUUCUAAAUGAAAGUGAGAAAGUGACACAAAAAAAAGCAUGAAAAUGAGAGUUAUGGAGCAAUAUGGAGAGAAAUUGAGACAAGUUAUUAUUAUUAUGUCAUGGGUUGUAAUUUCAACAGUGGUAACAUGUUCUGUAACUGAAGCAAGGAAUUGUAGUUUCCCUUACCCAGCAAUAUUCAAUUUUGGAGAUUCAAAUUCCGACACUGGUGGCCUCUCAGCAGCUUUUGGACAAGCUCCUCCUCCCAAUGGAAUCACUUUUUUUCACACUCCUGCCGGACGCUAUUCCGAUGGUCGUCUCAUCAUUGAUUUCUUAGCACAAAACUUAGGGUUGCCUUAUUUGAGUGCCUACUUGGACUCAGUAGGUUCAAACUUCAGUAAUGGGGCCAAUUUUGCAACAGCAGGAUCCACAAUUAGACCUCAGAAUACAACGAAGUCUCAAAGUGGAUAUAGUCCUAUAUCCCUAGACGUUCAACUUAUACAAUACUCUGAUUUCAAAACAAGAUCCAUACUUAUUCGCAAAAAAGGAGAUAUGCUUAAAACAUUGUUGCCCAAAGAAGAGUAUUUUUCUAAGGCUUUAUACACUUUUGAUAUUGGCCAAAAUGAUCUCACUGCUGGCUACAAACUCAACAUGACCACUGAACAAGUCAAGGCAUAUAUACCUGAUGUAUUAGGCCAGUUCUCUAAUGUCAUAAGGAGUGUAUACAAAGAAGGUGCAAGGUCGUUUUGGAUACACAACACAGGUCCAUUGGGAUGCCUCCCAUACAUGUUGGACCGAUAUCCGAUGAAUGCAGCCCAAAUAGAUAAAUUUGGGUGUGCCACACCGUUCAACGAGGUGGCACAAUAUUUUAACCACAAAUUAAAAGAAAUUGUUGUGCAACUGAGGAAAGAGCUUUCAGAAGCCACGAUUGUGUAUGUUGAUGUGUACACAGUGAAGUACACCCUCAUUAGCCAAGCACAAAAACACGGUUUUGAGAAUGGUGUGAUUGCAUGUUGUGGACAUGGUGGGAAGUACAACUUCAAUAAUACAGAAAGAUGUGGAGCUACCAAGAUUGUGAAUGGAGAAAAAAUUGUGAUAGCUAAAUCAUGUAAAGAUCCAAGUGUGAGAAUUAUUUGGGAUGGAAUUCAUUACACUGAAGCUGCUAAUAAGUGGAUCUUCCAACAAAUUGUUAAUGGACAUUUUUCAGAUCCAUCUAUCUCUUUGAAAAUGGAUUGUCAUGACCAUGAAUCCAUCCACCAAUAUUAGUCAAUUUUUUGACUUCUAAUUCUUAAACAUGAUGAGAUUAAAAUUCACAUUUGUGUACCGAUGAAUUUUGACUGUGAGAUUAAAAUUCACAUUUUUUUUGGGUA